AUGUGGCCGAUCGGUGAGGUCUUCGCAGGGCUGACAAGGGUCGGGCGCUCACCUGCAGCAAGGGCGGAGGUUGUGCGACGUGGGAGUACCAUCGGAGGGAAAACAAAAGGCGGUGGUGAUAAAGAAGGUGGCGGCGGCGGCGGGAAAUUGAUUGGUGGCGGCGGAGAGUGUACUGGUGGUGGUGGGGAAACAACUGGCGGUGGCGGAGAGUGGAUUGGAGGAGGCGGAGAGCGGAUUGGAGGUGGUGGUGAAAAAACUGGCGGUGGCGGAGAGUGGAUUGGAGGUGGCGGAGAGCGGAUUGGAGGUGGUGGUGAAAAAACUGGCGGUGGCGGAGAGAGUAGUUGUGGUGAUUGGACAUGUGGCGGAGAGAACACGUGA